AGCUCACACCGGUACACUCGCAGCUAUCAUACUUAUGUAAGUGGCGUGGAUGGCAUUACCAUGUUAAUAAAUGUUUGCUUAAAUGAUUAUUUAAUCUGCUCCCUGCCGACCUGGGUAGAUAAGUAUGUAAGAUCUGUCGUCCUCACAUCGAUCCGUGCAUCUUGGAUGUCCAAAGUCGUUGGUAUACGAUACCAACAUACUCUUAUGGGCUAUGUUGUCCGUCAUUAAGCUUCUACUAACAGCAAUUGGUGCUGGGCCUCUCGAUGAACCGCCAACCAGUAAACCUGUCAAUGUCCCCCUGCAUCAUGAACAAGAAAUUGAUGAGGUUAACGCGGAGCAAGCCACUGUUGAUACAGAGAAGCAUGCAAUAAGUAGUGUUCCUGUUGAGACCGGUACCACGACAAUUGAAGCUGCCCAAGCCAUCUGGGGUAAAAAAGGCCGAUGGCUUGUCAUCGCUGGCUUAUGCCUGAUCAUGAUCGUGUAUGAAAUCGACAAUAGCACCGUAUACAUCUACAAAAACUAUGCAUCGUCUGAGUUUGAGGAACUUUCCAAGAUUGCAACCCUGAGCACGGCUGGGACAAUCAUAUUCGCAGUAGCAAAACCGCCCAUCGCCAAGUUGUCCAAUGUAAUAGGUCGCGGCGGCACAUAUCUCAUCGCUAUUAGUUUUUACAUCCUAUCCUACAUCGUCAUGGCCUCGGCGAAAGCGUUUAACGCUUACGCUGCCGGCUCUAUUUUCUACGCGUUUGGUCAAUCAGCCACCAACCUGAUGAAUGAUAUCGUCAUUGCCGACUUGACCACCGCCCGAUACCGAGCAUUCGGCAUUGGCCUUUCGUUCUGGCCUUUUCUGAUCACUCCGUGGGUAUCCGCCUUCAUUGUCGACAGCGUAACAGCACCCUCAGGAAUCGGUUGGCGUUGGGGUAUUGGUAUGCUUGCCAUCAUUAUGCCAUUCUGCGCGAGCUUCAUCGUUACUACUCUGUUAUACUACCAGAUCCGAGCAAAGAAAGAGGGACUUGCACCCCGAGCGAAGAUAUCUGUAUACGAAUUCUGCUCACAGAUCGAUCUCGGCGGCGUGAUAUUAUUUAGUGGUGGCCUUGCUCUCUUACUCAUUCCAAUGACACUCGCUGCUACGACGCCUUCUAGUUGGAAAACGCCAUGGAUUGAUGUGCUAAUAGCACUUGGUGCUGUGCUACUGAUUAUUCUUCCGUUCUACGAGCAUUACCUUGCGAAGCAUCCUGUGGUGCCCCCUCACUAUUUUGCCAAUCACACCAUAUUCUUAUGUUGCUUGCUUAUAGCGCUGGAUAGUGUUGGAUUUUCUGCGACGCAUACGUAUAUCUAUGCCUGGGUAACAGUGGCGCGUGGCUUGGACGCUCGCGACGCUACUUUCUUCACCUAUACCAACGGAGUAACACAAUGCCUUGUCGGUAUUCUUGCCGGAUUAGCGAUGGCCAAGACCAGGCGCUAUAAAUGGGUUUGCGUACUUGGCGCGGUCGUACGACUAGUCGGCUACGGCGUUAUGCUUCGACUCCGUGGCUCCGAAAAUAGCAUCGCAGAGAUCUUUGUCGUACAACUGAUCCAAGGUAUCGGAAGCGGUAUGGUCAGCUCAACCCUUCUUAUCCCAGCACAAGCCGUUGUUUCCCAUGCAGAAAUGCCACAGAUGACUGCGCUAGUUGUCUGUUUCGCCUUCGUAGGGAGUAGUGUAGGGUCAUGUAUUGCAGGCGGCAUCUACACUGGCCUAAUAGAGACUCAACUGUGGCGAUACUUGGGAAAUGGCGCGACCGCGGAAAUGGUUGCCGAGUUGGCAAAUUCGAUUACGGGUGUUGUUCCUGAUUGGGGUACGCCCGACCGGAUGGCCGUCAAUCUUGCGUUCACGGAGGUGAUGAAAUACAUCACCUACUCGGCCGUGGGUACUUCCGCGGCGGCUCUCAUCGGAUCGCUUCUUAUGCCCAAUUUUGAAUUACCUGAUAAGAAUAAUCUCGUGGAAUGAUGUAUGGGGGAUGGAUAGCGGAGGUGUAGAUCGGCAGGAGCCGGUAAUAUUGGCGGUUUGGGGGGUUAUUUUGAUGGAUUUUUACCACUUGUCUACCUAGCAUACCUGGAAGUAAGACAUAUAGUAAGUAGCCGAAAGAAAGAUAUAAUCAAUCGCCUCUUGAGAUAACAUCAUAAUAUCAUGUAUACAUCAUAAUUAUAGCGCAAGCCUUUGCGGGAAACCCCACCU